AGUGUUAGUGUUGCUUUUUACGGGUUGUCGUUUGAAAUUCAUCGUCUCUUGUCGUUGUCUGGCUCCUGGCUGAGACUGACUGUUUAGUUCGUUCGUUCGUUGUUCUGUUCUUCACCCUAUUCGUGUUUUGUUUUGUCAUUCCUCCUCCGUGUUUUAACUAGCCUAUUCAGCUAUGGAAGUGGAGGAGAAAUUCUCAGAUUCGAUUCAGUUUGUUUUAGUGCCAAAAAGAGAACCUACUGAUGAAGAAUGUUUCAAAAACGCUAAAAACAGUUUGCUUCCACAGGAAGAACCCACCAACAAUGAAGAUCACAGGGAACCUACUACAGAGAAAGUCAAGGAAGAAAAUCAACAUAAAUCUCAAGAUUUUAACGUCUUGGUGGAUGGUCUUCUGAAAGACAGUGCAAAGCCUAACGGUGAUGUGAAAGUCAAAUCUGAGCAGGACACAGAGGAACCUGGAGAAAAUAAUCAAAACUCAGUAGAACCUCGGGAUGCUGAGCCCAAUACAUCCGACACUGAGCGUAAUCCAUCCGAUGCUGAGCCUAAUCCAUCUGAUGCUGAGCCUAAUCCAUCUGACGCUGAGGCUCCAUCCGACAAUGAGAUUUCUACUCAAGAGACUGUUGAAUCUGAAAGUGACAGUAGCGAGAGUCAUUCUCCAAAGAGAAAAAGAAGAAAUACCUCAAGUAAGACCUCGACAGUAGUAGCAGCCACAUCAAAUGAGAUCCAAACACUAUCUUCAGAUUCAGACUCAGAAGAGGUGCAAAGUGAGGAAGAAAAGUGCACAGCUCAGUUGAAUGGUGUUAUUUGUGCAUGUGUUCAGUGUAACAGGGCCUUUGAAACUAAUAUCCCGCCAAAUGCUGAGAGGCUUUCAUCAUUCAUGUCACCCAUCCCUCACACAUCGUCCCUUAAUGUAAGAACCUUGGAUGAAGAUUCUUCUGCUCCAAUACCUGAAGAAGUAUGCACAGGAACACAAGACGGUAUCUUGUGUCAAUGUGAUAGCUGUAAAAUGUGUGUGAAGAAAAUUGAACUUUCCAUUGAUAAGGAGGUCACAAGAGAUCAUAAAGACGAUAAUGAUGUUUUCAUGUUCACUGGUGACAAUGAAGACAAGAUUGCAGUAAAUAUUCAGUAA